AUGUCCCCCAUCGCUAUCAACGUAGCUCCUUUCCAGAGAGCCAAGGUCAAUCUGCUUCAACCUGAAGACUCGAAAUCAUUAAAGAGCAUUAUAGAACUUUUGCUCUUCAACGCUCAGCACAAUCCAGACCAUGUCUUUUGUCUCCAGCUGCCCUCCAAACAAAAUAAUGCGAUCGGCAAUGCUAUUUCGAUCACGCAUCAACAGUUCUACCACGCCGUUAAUUACUGUGCCCAACGACUACAGGAAGAAAUAGGCAUUAUUUCUUCUCCUACGAUAAACGAAGAUAGAACAGUGACCAAGUGCAGUCCUGUGGUGCUCUUCCUAGAGAGCAAUGUCGGGCUCCUGGUCCAUCUCCUAGCGUUACUGAGCCUGGGAGUUCCCGUUGCCGUUCUUUCUGCUCGACUCAGCCCGACGGCCGUACAUCAUCUCUUGUCCAGUAUCAGAGCACGGUCAGCCAUUGUAUCACCACGACUGACGAGUACAAUGAAGGAGGCGAUUGCACUCGAGGGCCAAGGCCAGUCAGUUGGUAUUCAGAUGUAUGUACAGCGACCAUACGAGGACGACCUCGAGAAAAGUCGAACGCUGGAUCUUUCUGCUAUCAAAAUCGAUGACGGCAGGCAUUUUGUCAGCGAGAACGAUCGGAAUGUAUUGAUUCUUCACUCUUCAGGAACAACUGGGCUCCCCAAGCCAAUCUACCAACCACAUCGUUAUCUCCUUAACUUUGCGGAAUGCCAUCAGCUAGGCAAAGAGGACAUUAUAGGAAGCGUUCUUUCAGCGUUACCACUAUUUCACCCAAGCAAAACGCUGAUGAGCCAGGGAUUCGGUCUUGUCGCACCAUGUCUCGCCAUGGGAGCUGGGAAGCCAUUUAUGCUGCCUCCUUCCAACACCAUACCUACUGGCUCUUUGAUGAUCGAGCUGAUUCACACCUUCACCCCAACAGCCCUGAUGACAGUACCUCACAUUCUCGAGGAAAUCACGGCACUAGCUCCAGAGCAAGGCGUCAACGCCUUGCGGCCUCUGGAAUUUGUCCUCUCUGGCGGAGGACCACUCAAGAAUUCCGUCGCCGAGAUCUUAGCAACCUCUGGGGUGAGUUUACUGGCUCAUUUUGGCACUACCGAGUGCGGACCUUUGGGGGUCGUUUCCGUCCCCGCCCCAGACUACGACUGGCACUACUGGCAACUUCGCCAGGAUAUCAACUACCGUCUCGACGAGGUUGAUGCAAGCUCCUCCGCUGAGGAAAAACAAUACAAACUAACUAUACACCCGUUUGGUUGGGAUUCGCCAUUCGAGCUGCAAGAUAUUCUCAUCAGCCGCGGUGCAGAGUACAGGCACCAUCUCCGAGCUGCAGGACGCAAAGAUGAUUUGAUCGUUCUCGUUAAUGGAGAGAAGGUCAUCCCACGGAUUCUCGAGUCUCUCCUUAUGCAAGACAGGCGAGUAAAGUCCGCCGUAGCAUUUGGGGAAGGCAGAUUCGAGAUUGGUGUCAUAAUUGAGUCCUCUUAUGAGAUCGGAGAUGAGGAGUUGCUCAAGACAGCCCUGUGGCCAAUUAUCGUCGAGGCCGGGGAGCAGAUGGAUUCCCAUGCGCGUAUCUCCAGCCCGGCUAGUAUUAUAUUUGCGUCGCCAGAGAAACCGAUUCCAAGGUCCGAUAAAGGCUCGAUCCUGAGGAGGGAGACUUACCGAGUUUAUGAAGAAGAAAUUGCCGACGUUUACAGAGAGUUGAAGGACACCGAGGAAACAAACGCCCUGGAUCUUCAGUCCGACACCCUUGAAAUGGAGUUGAAGGAUCUCAUCCAGAGGGAGAUAGGGUGGAAGAUCCCUCCUUCACAAUGGGAUAAUGGUAGCGAUCUCUUUGAACUAGGGAUGAAUUCACUGCAGGCAAUGCGCUUGCACCGCCUUCUGCUAUAUGCUGUGCCCGAAAGCCAGAGAGGAUCCAUGCGAGUCGAUCUCAUAUACAGGAAUCCUUCCGUGUCCAAGCUUGCAACGGCUCUACGCGAUAUAAAAGGAACUCAAACCGGACAUAGCGAGAGCUCUGAGAGUGAUAUUGAUGAGAUUAUUCGUCAGUAUUCCCUCAGUAUCCAAGGGAAAUCCAUCGUGCUUUUGACUGGCAGUACUGGCAACCUUGGUUCUAGCCUGUUGGCUCAUUUCAUCGCUUCCCCUACGGUCGAGAAGAUUAUUUGCCUAAAUCGACGACCGGCAGACCCCUUGACAGGGCAAAUUGACCUUCUCCAACGACAACUGAACAUAGCAGAAAGCAAAGGGGUAUCAAUUGGACUCAAAAUGGCGUCAAAGAUUGAAAUCAUCCCAUGCGAUCCGACCGCCGACUUGUUCGGUCUCUCUCUGAAGGUCUACACCCAGCUAAUAUCACAAACUACACACAUCCUCCAUAAUGCCUGGCCGAUGGACUUCAAGCGCAGUUUCGCCUCUUUUCAAUCCCAAUUUCAGUAUCUCAACAGCCUCAUCCGCCUCAGUCUUGACAUUCACAACCGUCGGCCGUCUAUCAAGCCACGACUUCUCUUUGUCUCCUCUAUCGCUGUUGUGGGACAAUAUCCCCGCACUCACGGGACAUGUUUCGUUCCUGAAGUCCCCUCAGAUAAAGCCAGCGUCAUUGACGACUUUGGUUAUGGCCAAGCUAAGUACGUGUGCGAAGAGGUUCUACGCGCCGCAGCAAAAACAUACCCAGGGCUAGAACUGGGGAUUGUACGAGUAGGACAGAUGUCGGGAUCCUCCACUAGCGGCUACUGGAACCCAAAGGAGCAUAUCCCUACGCUGGUGAAGUUUGCGGGCAUGACUCUGUCUUGGAUCCCUAUGGAUGCUGCAGCUGCCGUGCUGGGUGAUAUCCUCUUUUCCGCUUCGUUAAGCGGUAUCUACCAUCUGGAAAAUCCCAUCCGUCAAGCGUGGCAAGAUAUUCUUGAUGUAUUCGCUUCUUGCAUGGACAUCAAUACAGUUCGUGUGCCGUUUAACCAGUGGUUAAGUAAUGUACAAGCGGCAGUGGAGCAUCAAGGAACGGAAGACGAGCGCAUGGAGUUGCAUAUGUUGUCCGAUUUCUUUGAAAAGAAUUUUCAGCGCAUGGCGACGGGGAGGGUUAUUCUUGAUACGAGUAGAACAAGGGCCGUCUCGAGAACUUUACGGGAGGUAGAUGAGGUUUCGACAGAAGUUGUGUCGAAGUAUGUGAGUCAGUGGAGGAGAAAUGGAACACUGGGGGACCACAUGUGUCGUAUUAAGUCUACCUAA